CCAACCCCCUACGUCCGCCAUCCCCUCCCACAGCGAGCCGACGCAAUGGCUUCCAGGCAGCUCGCACUGAACUUCCAGCGGAGUUUGCGCUCUCGCGCCGCCAUCAACAGUGUCAAGUCCGCAAAGGCGUCACCCUUGACAAGAGGCCUUGCGACACCCGUCUCUUACGGCUCCAAGACCGAGAGCACCACCCUCAGCAACGGCUUCACGAUCGCUACCGAGCACUCCCCAUGGGCCCAGACAUCGACCGUUGGUGUGUGGAUCGAUGCCGGUUCCCGCGCAGAGACCGACAAGACGAACGGAACCGCGCACUUCCUCGAGCACCUUGCUUUCAAGGGCACCGAGAAGCGCACCCAGCAGCAGCUGGAGCUCGAGAUUGAGAACAUGGGCGGUCACCUGAACGCCUACACUUCUCGCGAGAAUACCGUCUACUACGCCAAGGCCUUCAACAACGACGUCCCCGCCGCUGUCGACAUCCUCUCCGAUAUCCUCCAGAACUCCAAGCUCGAGAACUCCGCGAUCGAGCGCGAGCGCGACGUCAUCCUCCGCGAGCAGGAGGAGGUCGACAAGCAGCUUGAGGAGGUCGUCUUUGACCACCUGCACGCCACCGCCUUCCAGGGCCAGCCUCUCGGACGCACCAUCCUCGGACCCAAGGAGAACAUCGAGAGCAUCCAGCGCUCCGACCUCGAGACCUACAUCAAGACCAACUACACCGCUGACCGCAUGGUCCUCGUUGGUGCUGGCGGUAUCCCCCACCAGCAGCUCGUCGAGCUUGCCGAGAAGCACUUCGCCAACCUGCCCGCCGAGCCUCAGGACUACUCCAACAAGGUCGUCGCUCAAGAGCAGAAGCAGAAGCCCGAGUUCAUCGGCUCUGAGGUCAGGCUCCGUGACGACACCAUGGGCAGCGCCAACAUCGCCAUCGCCGUCGAGGGUGUCAGCUGGAGCGACCCCGACUACUUCACUGCCCUCGUCACCCAGGCCAUUGUCGGCAACUGGGACCGCUCCAUGGGCAACUCCGCAUACCUCGGCAGCAAGCUCAGCGCUUUCGUCUCGCAGAACAACCUCGCCAACAGCUUCAUGUCUUUCUCCACAUCGUACUCGGACACUGGUCUGUGGGGUAUCUACCUAACCUCCAACAACGUCACCCAGCUCGAUGAUCUUGUCCACUUCACCCUCCGCGAGUGGUCUCGUCUGUCGAUGAACGUUUCCUCCGCCGAAGUCGAGCGCGCCAAGUCCCAGCUCAAGGCUUCCCUCCUUCUCGCCCUUGACGGCACAACCGCCGUCGCCGAGGACAUUGGUCGUCAGAUCAUCACCACUGGCCGCAGGUUAUCGCCUGAGGAGGUCGAGCGCGUCGUUGGCCGCAUCACUGAGAAGGACGUCAUGGCUUUCGCCCAGAAGAAGCUCUGGGACCGUGACAUUGCUGUCUCUGCUGUUGGUCAGAUCGAGGGUCUCCUCGACUACAACCGUAUCCGUGGCGACAUGAGCAGGAUGCUGUCGUAAGCUGGAGAUGUGCAUAGACAUGGAGAAGAGGAGAGAAAGUUGGUUGAGCGUUAGGCGGCAACUGUAUUUUGUGUACACUUAGCUGAAUCUGAUAAAGAAAGAUUUCCUAUUUCAUCUUUGUUCGAUUGCGAGGAACGUGUAUAUAUUGGAGAUGCGAAUAGAUGAUGG